CCGGCGCCCGGGCCCUCCCCGGCAGCGAGUCGUACCCCUCUCCUCACAGCCCACCCCCUGGCCACAGCCCGCCCCCCCAGCCUCCCCCUGCCGGGCCGCGACCUCCCCUUUGCCCUCGUCUCGCUUUUUUUUUAAUUAUUUUUUUUUCUUUCUUUUCCCCUCCCCUCGACUCAGCCGCCUCCGAGCUGUCCCAGGCCGGGGCUCCCCACCUCGGUGGCGGCUCUGAGGAGGGAGCCGCGGCCGCCCUGGAGCGGCGGGCAUGGGCCCCUCUGCCGCAGGGGGGGCUCCCGGCCCCGGCGGGUACUGGCGGUGCCCAGGACCCGGCGGUGCCGGACCCGCCGGGGUUAGAGCGGGGCAGGCUCUCGCCCUUAUCUCGCUGAGGUGCUGGCCUCGCCUCUUGCAGCUGCCCGGAGUUUCUGCUCGUUGAGGCGAGAGGUCUCGCUCCGGGAGCGCAGGGGCAGAGCGGGCUGCUCCGAGCCGCCGCAGCGGGGCUGCCAGCAAGAUCUCCGUCCCUGCAGCGCUGCUGCUAGAGUUAGCAACCCGCCGCCUCUCCUCUCCGGUUCUUUUGGGCUCCUGGAGAGGAGAGUGCGCACUUUCACCGUUGUCUCCUGCUCUGCCUGCUCCUGCUUUCAGCAUGGUAAAGAAGAAUACUAUCCCCGAUGGGUAAGUAUCCCUCACACUAAGAGAGGCAGGAGUGGGCAUAGUCCUGCCCACAGAGAAGGGGCACUCGCUGCCCCAGGCGCUUGCUUGCCACAAGCAUCUUCACCACUUACUGCCAGGUAAGGUAGGAACCUUCUCCAAGACAGCCCAACCCUUCAUCCCCUAGGUGAGUAUAAUGCUCAAACCUGUCUGUGAGCACGUCUCCUUCAUCAGCCAGAGUCCCUUCUUCCUAACUUUAACCUCAGGUGCAUACUUCUCUGGGGUACUGGAGUGUAGUCCAUCCUUACUCACAUUUGCUACCAAGAGUUGGGGAAGAACAAAUAAGAUGGGAGCAGGUGAUUGCAUGCACGUGAAGAGCAUUCAGGUCCAGAAAGACAAUCCAGUAGUUUUGUUUUGUUAUACAAGAAGAGAACAAAAAAGUUUUAUCAAUGAAAAUAGCAAUAAAAAAAGCACUAUUCUACUGGCUUUCUGAUGACUUGAAUGGGAGUGCAUAUGGGGACCACAAAAUAGUCUCAGUUAAAAUAAACACGGUUCUAUUCUUCAAUUCUAUUAAGAAAAUGUCCAGGUUCUAUUAAAAAGAAGUCCAAGUUUAAAAGUUGAACCCGUGUGUUACUGCAUUACAAACUUAUUGGGUAAAAGUAUGUGCUGAGAUAGAAAGGCACAUUGUAAUGGAAAAAUAACUUAAAAUUAAUAUUUCUUUUUUUUUUUUUAGGAGGACAUUGUUUAGGUGGACAUUAUCCGGGUUUCAGGGAAAGUUUAUUAACAUGCUUAGGAGGAGCAAUAAAAUACAAAAAGCAUAAUUUCCUCUGAAAUACGGUGGUCUAAAAGCAACGAAUAGAAACAAAAGUUAUGCAAAAUUAAAAAAAAAAAAAAGCAAAGCUUCAAGAAACUGAUUUUUUUCGUAGCAGACAAACUCAGGGAUUAAAAUUAGAAUAAAAUUUAAGGAAGUGCUACUUAAGCUUCUAUGAAAAUUCAGUAAGAAAGUGGACACAAAAGAUUAAACUCUGGAGUGGGUUAGGCUUGCAAGCAGUAACAGAGAAAGUCUGAAUAAUAACUGUCAGGCUUGUUUUCUUCAUACACAGAAAUUAUUAUGAAAACAUUUCUCAUGCAUCAGGUGCUUAUUUUUCCCCAUUGUUUUUGAGCUGGAGCUGCUUUUAGGCUGUAUGCAUUUCAUCUGUAAGUAUGGAAGAAGCAAUGGACUCUUCUUUUGGCUUCUGUGCUUAGAAACUAACACCUGUGCCUCUUUCAAGGAGAGGAACAUCUGCUGUAGACUAAUUGGUUGUAAAACUAGAAUUAACUGAUGAUACUCCUGUUAGUCAUGAUACUGAAGUGUUUUCAACUUACUCAGAUAAUUAUUUUUUGAUACUAUUAACAAAUCAGGCCAGACCUCCUGUACUCCUUUAUAGUAAAAAUGAUUUCUCCCUUUUCCCAAUAAAGUCUCGGAGCAGAGAUAAGGUGUGCAGUAUCCAUUGCAGUCUUAGUCCUAUAAAGUCACACUAGGGAGAUAAUUUUAUAUCAAAAUGAGGUGUACUAUAAGAGAGGGAUUCAAGUGGUCUGUUCGACUGCAGUUUCCACCAGGGUGUCUGAAACAGUGUUGUCCGUAAGUAGUUGUGUAUGAUGGUGUUUUAGGGGAGAACUAGCCAGUAGAGGGAGUUCAAGCUAUCUAAAGAACUACCACAGUGCUGUGAUGGUUUUACUGCUUUAUAUAUGUGUGCGCAUCAAUAUCCCAAGUCCUACUGUGAGUAUAAUUUAAUAAAGUUAGAUUUCAGUUUUGAAAAGCAUCUGCAGAAGUACCACCUUAUUGUGUGCUUUCCUUAAAGGGUCUAAAUAAAAUCCCAGGAGUGGGGUCUUUUUAUUAUAAAGAUAAAACUGAAUUAUUUUUACCUAUACACUGUGAACAUACUUUUUUAUUCUAGUGCAGACUUCAAAACAUCAGCAUUUCAUUUACAACAGUGUUAAAGACUGGCAUAACCGAUUCUGUAUUUUGGUCUAUGAAAUGCAUGUUCAAGGGUGGAUGGAAGAUAAAGAUUACAGUAAUGCGAGAGUUUAAUUGUAAAGUACAAGUGCUUCAUACUGUCAGGCAUAGAAUGUUUUCAUUUAAAAAAUGUGGUAUCAGAAGAAACUACUUAUAAUACCUGAGUAAUGAUUGUAUCAUUGCCAUACAGCUCUUAAGGCACGGCUUUAGUGUUUCAAUACACAACCACAAGUGCAAAGCUAUGCAAUUACUUAUUGAUAUGGGGAGGAGACUUUUUCUCCUGUGCUUUGCACAUUCACUGUUCUUUUUGCAAGCUAUGACACAGGCUGAAGUAAAGGAAAGGGAGAAAUCUGUUUUAACAGAUGAUUAACAGCUCUCUAUAUUCUCUUCCAUCUGCUUUUGACCAGUGCACUGUGUUCUAUCUUGAAAACAUGUAUAGACCUUUUAGGGGUGUCUUUUCUUAAACAAUUAUCAGUUACGGUAUCUACAGAAGCUACUUGGAAAAUAGAGCUGUGUGUAUGUCGUGUAGUAGCAGUAGCCAAAAACGAAGAGAGAUUGCAAAUAGUAUUUUCUAAAUGGUCUUGCUGCAGCUCCCGGUAUUUCAUACUCAAGUUUCUCUACAGCUACUGUAUUAUCCGUAUUGAAUGAUUAGGAAUUCACUUUCCAAGGUAGGUUCAUAACCAUAAGAUGUUCAUAAUAGGCUUCAGAAUUGUAGAAACACCUGAAUUGUUAAGCAAACAAUUGUAUGGGCAAAAUUCUGCCUCAGUUCUGUGAUACUUGAUGGUAGUUGGGAAGUGACAAAGACAAAACAUGAUCCUGAACUGGGAAAGGCAAAUAAUUAAAUAAUUUAAAUUUUGUUGCCUUUCAGAUCUUGAUCUGCAUGUAGUCCAUGGAUUGUUUACCUAUUUGAAAAUGUAGAGAAAUAAUACUCUAACUAUAAAUGCAUUGUGUGUGCACAGUAUGUAACUGUUAUGUGAUUCCAUCUUAGACUCUUAUCACAACGUCUUUAUAAUGUGAAUACCAUCAGUUCUAUGGUAUUCAGUAUAGAGGGCAUAGCUCUGCCCUCUAUAAUUGCAAAUGCCUAAAUCUGUUUCAAGACACAUCUAUUUCUGUGUCUGCAUCUCAGUGAGACACCACUGCCUUGUUCAGGGAACUCUUACUGCCAUGUUUCAGCUACUUCAUGUCCAGCUUGUUUUUUAACUCAAGCCUCUGUUACUUUUUAAUCACUGCUACAGGAAUGAUGAUUGUGUCAAGUCUUCUGAAUAACACCUUUGACUCAUGGGUUUCUUUCCAUCCAAGCAGGACACAAAUUGUGUUUCAUGAUUCUCAUUUGUUAAAAUACUUGUUAAAAUACUAUUUGUCUUUGUUUCUGUAACUGCUGUUUCAAAGAUAUGUAACUCAUCCAUCUUUUGUCCUUUCAGCCUUUAUCCAGACUUCAGGAGUUUUACUUAAGCCCUGCCACCUUUACUUCCCAACUAUAUUCCUUCAUCAACCACAAAAAUAAUUGAGUUCAUUUCCUUUAGGCAAUUUUUGCUUAAUUUUGAUCUGCUUUUUUUUUUUUUUUUGAUCAUUUUUAGUUCUGCAUCAGCAUGCUGAAUUUUAUUAUUAUUAUUUUAAAGAUGGAGGAGCUUGACACCAGUUGGACAGCCUAUACCAGGAACUAGAUUUAUUGCAUUUAAAGUACCUUUAAAAGGGGCAAUUAACCAGAGGCUUACCCCAACCCAGAAAUUUACACCAAAAGACUUAAUUGCUGCAAUGAAAGCCCUAAAUGUGGAGCUUGGAUUAAUUAUUGAUUUAACAUAUACUACACGAUACUAUGAAGUUAAGGACUUACCUAAAAGUGUGCAGUACAAGAAACUUUACACUGUUGGACUUGAAGUCCCUGAUAAUGCUACUAUCCUACAGUUCAAAAAGUGGGUCAGAAAAUUCCUGUGGGAAAAUGCAGGAAACGAGAAACUCAUUGGUGUCCACUGUACUAAUGGAAUUAAUAGAACCGGCUACCUUAUAUGUAGAUAUCUUAUAGAUGUUGAAGGUUGGGAUCCAGAGGCAGCAAUCCAAGCUUUUGGUGAUGCCAGAGGUCAUCGAAUAGAUGGUCUUGUGUAUCUCACAGAUCUCAGAACACAACCAAUGAGAAGUAACCUUGGAAUGGAUGUAUGGGAUUCAGAUGAGGAUAUUGUGCCUCCUCCACAUGCCAUGGAAGGACCUGUGGAACGAUUCCCAAAUGAAGAUUUUCAGGGGUCUGGGAAAAGAUUAAGAGCUUAUGAUGAGCACUCUCAGAAUGAUUUGCAAGGACAGAUACAAUUGAGAGAUUUCGAUUUCAUUAAUAAAGGAGCUGGACAAAGACGAAGAUCAUUUCAUGACCAUCAGACUCAAGAUGAUUUAAGAGCACCAAUGCAGAUGAGAAACUGGGACUACAAUAGGGAACCAGGACAGCGGCGAAGGCCCUUUCCUGAUCACCAGUUCUAUGACGAUUACCAAGAAGAUACACAGCUGAAGGACCUAGACUUCAGUAACAAGGGAGCUGGACAACAGCUGAAACCUUUUCAUGGACACCAGUUCCAUGAUGAUUUACAGGCAGAGAGACAUUCAAGGGACUUCGAAUUUAACAGAGGCCGUGGACAAAGGCAGAGAUCUUUCCCUGACCAUCCAUCCCACAACAAUUUGCAGGAAGAUAUGCAGUCAAAGGAGUUUGAUUUUGGUAGCAGGGGCCGUGGCCAGAGACGAAGGCAGUUCCAUGACCACCAUUCUCCUGACGAAUUUCAGACUCCAAUGCAGUUAAAAGAGUUAGAUUGUGUCAACAAAGGUCCUGGCCAAAGACCGAGACCUUUCCGUGACUAUCAGUCCCAUGAUGCCUUACAGCCACAGGUGCAACUGGGAGAUUUUGAAUUUGUUAAUUGUGCUCAUGGACAGAGGUUGAGACAUUUCCAUGAUAACCAACCGCACAAUGACUUGCAAACAGAGAUGCAACUAGAAGAUUAUGAUAAUAAAGGUCCUGGACAAAGGCACGGACCUUUUCAUGACCAUCAGCCUUAUGAUGACUUACAGGAACAGCCUCAGUUAAAAGAUUUUGAUUAUGUUAAUAAAGGGCAAGGACAAAGGCCAAGACCUUUCCAUGAUCAUCCUGGUCACGAUGACUUGCCAGGUGGAUGGUGUUCAGACAGAAGUCAAUCUUUUUCCUCCCAUGAAAAUGUACUGGAACCUCAUUUUUCCUCAUCUCCUUCACUUCAUAGAGAUUACGGGUCUGAUAAUGAUGACUUUAACAGAAGCUAUAGUAAUCGAACAAAUUGUCCAGAAGACAAUAGGAGAGUGCAUCUUUCGGAUGAAUUUAACAGAGGAAAAAACAGAUUUGCACCAUAUUCUUCACGUACAAUGCAUCCAUCUUCAUCUGUACACCAGGAAGGUAGUUCAAUAGACUAUGAAAGAAAAACUUUUCAAGGUGAACCUACCAGAGAGAUUGAACAAGGCAAAAGAUUACCGGUUGUAACAGUUGAUUACAAUUAUGGUCUGCCAUUAGAUUAUGGACCUGAAGAGGAAGAGAGAAAUUAUGAUUUACCUCCAAAAGACUGCUACAACUGGCACUGAAUACAAAGGACAAUGUUUGCUCAGCUUAGACUUCCGUUUACCUAUUUUGCUUUGUAUGUGGACUUUUUUUUUUUUUUUUUAAGUUAGGAAAAUGCAAAUUUCAGUAGUAGAGAACUGGUCUCUGUUGUAAGAUCAAUUUCUACUGAUGUUUGGUUCUUUAUAUUUAUUAGAGUGUAUUUGUUCACUGUGUUUGUAGACAAGGUCUCAGUACACAUGGAAUGAAAGUAGUCAUUCCUUUAAGCAAAGUUGGAGCCUUGUACCUUAAACCAUACAACUUUGAGUGAUUGUAAUUGUCUUUUGUGUUUUUUUUUCUUUAAAAUGUAUGUAAUUUCAGGAUGCAAGAGGCAUAAUAAAAUACUGCACCAUCAGGUAGACUAGCACUGAGAUUAUAAAAAAAAAAUUGCUAUGAAAUGAAUGAAACAAAUGUAUGUCAACUUCAUCCUUUAAUAAUAGCAGUUUGUUGUUGCUAACGAUUACUGCUAACCUCUGUGACAUUGCAGUUUAAUUCCAUUUUUUUGUACCAUUAACUGAUGUAGGUGUGCUCUUUUCCAUAGCAGAUUUUUCCCAGAUUGCUAAUAACUUGGAAGUAACUGGAGUUUGAAUAGUCUAAAUGUAAAACUUGCUUUUCAUCGUUCUGAAUAUCUCAUCCUAAUUGUGUAUUUUUUCCUGAUCCCACAGAUUAUAAAUGCUUCAGAAUAGCCCAGUACAGGUGAAUUUCACAAUUUUCUCAGCAACACAUCCAAAUGAGGCAGGUCAUGUAUCAACAGGUUGCCUGUCUCAGCUGGCCAAGAUUGCCUGUGCCUUUGUGUUUACACCUUCCUGUUUGUCAGUCAAAUGUUUCACUUCACUCUCCACUUCUGUUUUCUACUGGCUUCUUUUUUACAGCACAGCAGAGUAAUCAGAAUGGAAGAAUAACCUCUUUAGGUAAGUUACUUUUAGAGUCGUGCAUUGGAACAGUCUCCUCUGAAUUGCCAUUUCUUUGGGUCUCAGGAAGGUAGCGCAACAAACAGUAACUGAAUUCAUGCCAGCUGCUGCACAGUAGCAGCAACAGCUUCUACUUUUGUUAAGCACAUCUUAGUUCAUAGGACAGAAAACACUAUCAAUGUAAUGCUUAAGUGAACCAAAAUUUUUACAUUUUUCAAUAUUACUCCAUUUUAAUAACUUAGAUGUUUUUAAAAUGCUACAGGGAAAGCAGUCUAGGUUCAUCCUAUGACAUUAAGAUAACUGAAACGAAUGCUAAAUCCUCAAAUUACACAGUAAGAAACUGCCUCAAAAGCUAUAUAGCUGUGAAAUGUAAAGCUGGAGAGUGGAAGUAUACACUAGAAAAUUCAAAAAGAACAGUGUUCAGAGCAAGAGCUCCACAGACCUUUUUUUCUUUUUAACUAGCAUCAUGAAACUCAGAUUUCUGAAUUCAUGCGUCUAUGGCUACUAAGUAAGGGCUAGACUUGAGAAGUGUGGAACAUCUGGCAAUUCCCACUGAUUUGUAACACAUGCAGAAAGUUCCAAAAAUCAAAGGAUUCUGUGGAUAUAAAUUCAAAGUGCAGAUACUUCAUUGCCUUUGCAACCGGUACAGCAACUUUACUUUGUAUAAUGAACAAAGCCAAAUUGUUCCCUCAUUUUCACAGCAGCUAGUCAAUAGUAUUUCCCAUUAAAUCUAGGAUUGUGAACCUUAUUAAUAAGCUCUCAGGAAUUAAGUUCUCUAUAUGUAACCCAGUUUUGGAACUAAGCACUAAAUGUUAAGAAAAAGGAACUUUUUUCCUUCAUUUACUCUUUUUUAAAACGAGGGGUAAAUAAAGUCUAUGCUUCCUUAUUUUGGGGCAAGGAAGAUCUGCAACAUGGGUUACUAUAUUGCUAGAUUGAAAAUAAACUAAAAUCAACCAAAAA